CGGAUGGCUCAAGAAAUAGUAAAGCCCGAUAGAGAGGAUGUUGUUAUUGCUGAAGAAAUUGGUCGUGUCGGAGUGAUUACGAUAAAUCGGCCAAAUCAAUUAAAUGUCAUUUCAGGCAAAGUGGCAUUAUUGCUGGGAGAGAAGCUCGAGAAAUUAGAGAAAGAUGAUGGUACAAAGCUUGUCAUCAUCAAGGCAUCAGGAAGAGCUUUUUCUGCUGGCGGGGACUUGAAAAUGUUCUAUGAUGGUCGAAAAACAAGGGAUUCGUGCCUUGAAGCUACUUAUCGGAUGUAUUGGCUUUGCUACCACAUUCAUACAUAUAAGAAACCUUUGGUUGCUCUUGUUCAUGGAAUGUCAAUGGGCGGAGGUGCAUCUUUGAUGACUCCAAUGAGAUUUUCAGCUGUCACUGAAAAUACUGUAUUUUCCACUCCAGAAACACUUAUAGGGUUCCAUCCAGAUUGUGGUUUCUCAUACAUGCUUUCUCAACUUCCUGGUCGAUUAGGAGAAUACUUAGGAUUAACAGGAGCAAGGCUAAAGGGUAAAGAGGUGGUUGCUGCAGGACUUGCCACACAUAUUGUCCCUUCUCAGAAAUUGGUUGAGCUAGAGAAGCGUUUAUUAAGCUUAAACAGUGGUGAUGAGAAUGCUAUUGAAUCUGUUAUCAAGGAAUUCUCGACAGAUUUUGAGAUACAAGAAAAUAGCAUCUUGAAUAAGAUGUCCAUAAUCAACGAAUGUUUUUCCAAGGAUACUGUCGAGGAGAUAUUGAUGUCAUUUGAAGCUGAGGCACAUAAAUUAGGAAAUGGUUGGAUUCAACCAGUGCUUAAACACCUAAAGAAAUUAUCCCCAACGGGAUUAAAAAUAACACUAAGAUCGAUUCGAGAAGGAAGGAAACAAACAUUAUCUGAUUGUUUGAAGAAAGAAUUCAGAAUCUCGAAUAACAUAUUAAGGAGAACAAUAUCUAAUGAUUUUUAUGAGGGCAUAAGGGCUAUUGUCAUUAGCAAGGAUAACUCUCCCAAGGUAUUAUCCUUUUCUUUCCAUGUGUAA